AUGUUUCUCCUCCGCGCAGCCAUAUCUCUGCGGAGGACAAGGCAACCAUGGCAACAAGUAAACUUCUCUGUGAGAUUCUUCUCGCAUUGCCAUCAGCUAUCUGUGAAGCAAAUGCCACCACGCCCAAAGCUUAAUCCUGCUGAAAUUACUGGCACCUAUCUCAAGGGAUCGGGCCCCGGGGGUCAGGCUAUUAACAAAACCAACUCCGCCGUCCAACUCAUCCACAAACCAACAGGAAUCGUCGUCAAAUCCCAGGCGACGCGCUCGCGCACCCAGAACCAGAAAAUAGCCAUGGGUAUCCUGGCAGAGAAAGUCGAGCUUCAUCUAAAGGGCGAUAAGAGUAGGGCGGCUAUCGUGGCUGAGACGAAGAAGAAGAGGAAGGCCAGAAGUGUUAAGAAGGCUCGGAGGAAGUAUAGGAAGUUGGAGGAGGAGAAGAGGAAGAAGGAGUUAGGGAUGGAAGGGGAGGGGGAUGAGUUGGAGGGAAUAGAAGAGGUAGAAGGGAUAGAGGCGAAAGCUGAAAAGAAGUGA